CUCCGGUGCCCCGGAAGUGGCUGACCUGAUAGAGCUGAAGGCGAGGCCGUUCCUCUUGCUACGGUGGCCGGCGAGCUCGGGGUACCUGUGGCUGCGGCGCUGAGGGUGAUUGUCAUGGUGACUGAACAGCUGGUGAACAUGUGAAAUGCGGUGCUUCACAAGUGGAGGUUCGUGCUACAGUCAUGUGUGAGGACCUUUGGAGAAGUCACGUGUGAGGAUCAGUACAAAAGAUUAAAUUCUACAGAAGAAUGCAAUCAAGUGAUGGCUUUUUCUUUAGAAUUUGAAUAUGGAGGCCACAGGAACAGAUGAAGUUGACAAACUGAAAACUAAAUUUAUAUCUGCUUGGAACAACAUGAAAUAUAGUUGGGUGUUAAAAACAAAGACAUAUUUUAGUAGAAAUUCCCCUGUUUUAUUGCUUGGAAAAUGUUAUCAUUUUAAAUAUGAAGAUGAAAAUAGAAUGUUACCUGCAAGAUCAGGAUGUACAAUAGAAGAUCAUGUAAUUGCAGGAAAUGUAGAAGAAUUUCGUAAAGAUUUCAUUUCUAGAAUAUGGUUGACCUACAGAGAAGAAUUUCCUCAAAUAGAAGGCUCAGCUUUGACAACUGACUGUGGUUGGGGCUGUACAUUGAGAACUGGACAGAUGUUGUUGGCCCAAGGACUUAUACUACACUUUCUUGGUAGAGCUUGGACCUGGCCUGAUGCUUUGAACAUUGAAAAUUCAGACUCUGAAUCGUGGACUUCCCACACCGUAAAAAAAUUUACUGCAUCAUUUGAAGCCUCGCUUUCAGGGGAAAGAGAACUCAAAACUCCGACAAUUUGUCUGAAGGAAACAAUUGGGAAGUGUUCUGAGGAUCACGAGACAGAAAAUGAAAUUUGUCAUAGGAAAAUCAUCUCUUGGUUUGGUGACUCCCCCCUGGCAGCCUUUGGCUUACAUCAACUAAUAGAAUAUGGAAAGAAGUCUGGGAAGAAAGCUGGAGAUUGGUAUGGACCUGCUGUAGUUGCUCACAUAUUAAGAAAAGCGGUUGAAGAAGCAAGACACCCUGAUUUACAAGGGAUAACGGUUUAUGUUGCACAGGAUUGUACAGUUUACAGUUCUGAUGUAAUUGAUAAACAAAGUGCUUCCGUGACUUCUGAUAAUACAGAUGACAAAGCUGUUAUUAUUCUAGUUCCUGUUAGACUUGGUGGAGAAAGAACCAACACUGACUACUUAGAAUUUGUAAAGGGUAUUUUAAGCCUUGAAUAUUGUGUGGGUAUUAUUGGUGGCAAACCUAAGCAGUCAUAUUACUUUGCUGGAUUUCAAGAUGACAGUUUGAUUUACAUGGAUCCUCAUUACUGCCAAUCUUUUGUAGAUGUCAGCAUAAAGGAUUUCCCUCUUGAGACAUUCCACUGCCCUUCUCCCAAAAAGAUGUCGUUUCGAAAAAUGGAUCCUAGCUGUACAAUUGGAUUUUACUGUCGAAAUGUUCAGGACUUCAAACGAGCUUCUGAAGAAAUCACUAAGAUGCUGAAAAUGUCUUCUAAGGAGAAAUAUCCCUUAUUUACUUUUGUAAAUGGUCAUUCCAGAGACUAUGAUUUUACAUCAACUACAACCAGGGAAGAAGACCUUUUCUCAGAGGAUGAAAAGAAAAGAUUAAAAAGACUGAGCACAGAAGAAUUUGUCUUGCUUUAAAGAUCAGCACAUUUGUACUGGAAGAGAACUCUUUGAAAGCAGAAAAGUGAAGAGAAACAAGUACACUUGAAGCUGGUUUAUUUUCACAAAUAUCUGAAUUUUAUAUGUUCUUUUAAAAAAGAACAUUUGAAAAUAUACAAGUUUAAAGAUAUUUUUCUGAAAGAGAAAUGAUUUAAUGAACUCUACUUUAUAAUAAAUAAUAAAUUAAGUGA